AUGGACAAAAUCACAGACAAGAUUGCCGCGCUGCCGGCUGAUAGGGAGUACUUUUCUCUCGAGUUUUUCCCGCCCAAGACGGCCAUGGGCUUUUCCAACUUGCGCCACCGACUACAGCGCAUGGAACAAGCUCUUAAGCCUCUCUUUGUCAAUGUGACCUGGGGAGCCGGAGGGUCAACAGCAACCAAAUCUCUGGAGCUCGCGGAGCUCUGCCAGCGCGAGCUUGGCCUGACAACAUGUCUUCAUUUGACUUGCACCAACAUGAGCAAGCGCCUUAUCGACAAGGCUCUCGAUGAUGCCAAAGCUCUCGGCAUCCGUAACAUUCUCGCUCUCCGUGGCGACCCUCCCCGGAAAGAGGAAUACCGCGAUGCGAGCGAUCCGGAAGAUGAUGGACAAGAAGACUUUACAUGGGCCAUUGACCUUGUGCAAUACAUUCGCAAGAAGCAUGGGGAUCAUUUCUGCAUUGGAGUUGCAGCAUAUCCCGAGGGCCACUCUGAUGAGUCCCAUCCACUGGGACAAAGUUUGGAGCAUGAUCUGCCAUACCUUGUGGACAAGGUACAAGCUGGCGCCGACUUCAUCAUGACACAGCUCUUCUUCGACAUUAAUGCGUACGACCAUUUCGAAAAGACGCUUCGAGAACACCCCAGUGGUGCUUUCAAAACAAUACCCAUCCUGCCUGGUCUGAUGCCCAUUCAGAGCUACCAAAUGAUCAAGAGAACAACCAAACUCAGCCAUGCCAAAAUGCCAACCGCCAUCAUGGAUCGUCUCGAUGCCGUCAAAGGUGACGACGAAAAAGUCAAGUUGGUUGGCGUGGACGUAAUCAGUGAACUCAUUGAUCAAAUCAGAACGAUCAAGAACCGAACACCAGGACGCAGAGGAUUCCACUUUUACACCCUCAACUUGGAAAAGGCUGUAUCCUUUAUUGUCGAGAGAACCGGCCUUAUUCCAGAUGAGUCGGAGAACGACGAGGCUGUCAUUGACGACGGCGCACUCUCCCCUCCAGCAAUCCAGGUCAACGGCACCCGCACGUCAACGCAUUCUAGAACAUCCAGACGACACUCAUCCGUUGGAUCUGAUCCUCACAACCGUGUCAUCGUCGGAGGUCGACCAGCAACACACCCCGAAUGGGAGGCCACAGGCCAAGAAGCAGGCGUACCAGCCGAGAGCAUCAACUCUCGCGCGAAUACGCUUGCCAUUUCCGAAGGCGAAGGCGUCUUGGGCAGAGAGGCCACAUGGGAUGACUUCCCCAACGGCCGAUUCGGUGAUUCAAGGUCGCCGGCGUAUGGUGAAAUCGACGGCUACGGCGUCAGCCUACACAUGUCGGUAACACAGGCCGUCACGCUCUGGGGCCGACCCACGACCCGCGAAGACGUCAACAACGUAUUCGUCAAACACAUCAAGGGCGAAGUACCCUCAAUCCCAUGGAGCGAAGAAGGCCUAUCCCCCGAAUCGUCCACCAUCCAAUCCCGUCUAAUGGACAUGAACACCAAGGGCUGGCUGACAGUGGCCUCCCAACCAGCCGUCAAUGGCCUCUCCUCCAGCGACAGGACAUUCGGCUGGGGGCCACGCAAUGGCUUCGUAUUCCAAAAGGCGUUUGCGGAAUUCUUCCUCCCGUCAGCGGACUGGGCCCUUCUGGCAGAUAAGCUAAAGGGCUCAGACUACUGCGACAGCGUGUGCUUCUACGCGGCUAACGCAAAGGGCGAGUUUGUCUCGUCCGACGUCACGGGGGGUGUUUCCACACGCACCGUCGCAGCGAGCACCAACGCCGUAACGUGGGGUGUGUUUCCGGGCAAGGAGAUUGUGACGCCCACGAUCAUCGAGGAGGUUAGUUUCAGGGCGUGGAGCGAGGAGGCGUUUGGUCUGUGGGGGGAAUGGGCAAAGGUGUAUGGACGGGGGUCGGAGAGCGAGAAGCUGUUGAGUGGUAUUCGGUCGGACUAUUGGCUUGUGAAUAUUAUUCAUCACGAUUUUAUAGACAGGGAGGCGCUGUGGAAGUUGCUCCUGGGGUGA